AACCGUCGUGUUUAUAGUUUCCGACCAGCGCCCGGCCUUUGAACGCCUCACGGGGAGCAUGGGCGGUAGCGGGGUUCGAGCCUCCGCCCCGCAGACACCAGCGUCCCCAGAACCGUCAACACGGCGGCCUUUCGCAGCCCUCCGUGCCCCGUAACGCCACCGUAACUGGCCGCGCAAUCCAGCAGCCAUGGCGGCUGAAGCCAACAAGGUCGAGCCGGCGGACAGCGAGCAGGACGAGGAGGAAGAUGUGUACGAGGUGGAGAGGAUCAUUGACAUGCGGAUGGAGGAGGGGGAAGUGCUCUACAGAGUCCGCUGGAAGAAUUACUGCUCGGACGACGACACCUGGGAGCCGGAGGCUCAUUUAGAGGACUGUCGGGAGGUCCUGCUGGCCUUUAAGAAACAGCAGGUCGACGCCAAGGCCAAAAAAGAAGCCGAGUCCAAGAAGAGCGUGAGCGACAGCGACAAAGACCCUCCGACGGACGCGCCCCUCAAGAAGAAGAAGAAGAAGAAGAACGCCCCGGAGGAAGAGGAGGAGGAGGAGGAGCAGCAAGCCUCAAAGGAGAAGAAGAAGAAGAAGAAAGACAAGCACAAAGAGGACCCGCGUCCCCUCCCCGCCCCGGAGACCGACGAAGAGGAGGAGAGAGGGGCCUCCCCCCCCAAGGAGAAAAAGACCGAAAGCAAAAAGCGCCAACUGGAGUCUGAGGAGGAGGACGACGAAGAGCCGGUCCCCUCCAAAAGACACCGGAAGGAAAAGGGAAAAGAUGGAGGGAAGCACAAGAAGGAGAAGGCGGAGGAGGGAAAGAAAAGGAAGGUGAAGAGGGAGCGGAAAGUGGAAAGCUCUGAGGACGAGACACCGCCCGCCCCCCCCCUGGAGGAGGAGCUGAGCGAGGGGGGGGCGGAGGUCCAGGCGGAGGUCUGCGUUGCCGCGGCAACGGCCUCGUCGGAGACGCCCAAACCCGGAGACAAGCCGGUUCUGGACGACAAGGCCAAGCAGAAACGAGGGAAGUGGGAGUCGGACUCCAGCGACAGCCCCUCGCUGCACAAAAAGGCCAAGAUCAAAGGCGCCGACGGCCCGCAGAAAGCCCCGCCCCCUUCCUCUUCCUCUUUAUCCUCAUCCUCCUCUUCCUCGGCCGCCGCCCUCGCUUUGGCGGGCCCCGGCCGGACCAAAGAGGAGGAGCCCCCCCCCAGAGACGAGCCCCCGGGGCCCAAAGACGCCGGCGGCUCCACCAACCUGUUCGAGAAGUCCGGCCAGAGCCACGGCUUCAGCCUGGACAGCGAGGAGCGGGAGGAGGAGAAGCCGCGGGAGGAGGCGCCGCGCCCGGGGUGGGAGAAGAAAACCCCCACAGACGAGCGGAGGAAGAGGAGGGAGGACAGCGAGCCCCGGCUCUUCAUCGCCUGUGAUGAUGGUGAGCUGCGAGACGCUGUGAAAAGUGGCGACUACAUGUCUGUUAAACUGGCUCUAAACUCCAAAGAGGACUACAAUCUUGAGCAAGAGGUGUGUACUAUUGGUGAGAAGAGAUCAUGUGAAGGCGAAAGGAGCUUGAUUGGAGAGAGACGUUCAAGUGAUGCUCUUAGGUUCACGUCUAACAAUGACAGUGCAAGAAACGGAGAGCGCGCUCCUAAAGAAGGAGAUAAUACCCCACAUAGUAUGGAUCGUUCAGAGAAUGACACUGAGUUGUCUCCUGCCAGUAGAAACGAUGAGCACUUGACGAAGAGCAAAUGUGAGAAAAUGCAAGCUGGAGACUGUGUAGCUGAACCCAAAAGCAAAGGCUGCGGUGUAUUUGCUGCUCAGGAAACUCGUGGAGAGGAAGAUCAGAGGCAAGCAGCGAAAGAUAAGGCGUCAAGUGAUGCAACGAGUUUGAACUCUGACAGUUCAGAGAAAACAGGAAACGCAAAAACGAUGGACAAAACCGAACAAAAGGACUCGGCCAAAACGCGACGGUCCACCAGGCAAGCCAAUCGCUCGAGCGUUGAGGCGCUGGAAGGUAAACCAGACCCCGAGGAUCAACCUUCCUCCGAGUCAGACACAAAGGAAACUGUCAAAACACCAUCACGGCGGGGCAGGAAAAAGGCGACGAUCAGGAAACCAACACGCUCAAGUCUAAGGUCCCGUAAGAAAGUGCGGGAAACGAAGCCAAGGAGAGCAGUCAAAGGGAAGAAGGAACCCUCCAAAAAGCAAAUCUGCUUGUAUUGCAAACUGACUUUCACUCAACUUGCAAAGCAUUUAGAGAAGAAGCACGCAGGGGAGGCGGACGUGGCCCACGCCUUAAACUUUCCACAAGGCUCCAGAGUCAGGCAGACCUUACUGGACCAGAUUCGUAAAAAAGAAGAUGAGGAGCCCAAUUGCCAAGUUCUCAAAAGUGGAGAUGGAGAAGAAGUCGCCGACAAGAAACAGGCAAAUAAUCCGACUGUGCCUGUUCGUGACUUCCUGCCUUGCCAGCAUUGUUUUGCGUUUUAUCGCAAAACCGACCUGUGGAGACACGAGCGGUCGUGCAAACUUCAAAAGGCAGAUCAGAAAACCUCUGAAAACCCUAAGAGAACUAGGAAUUGCACGGCGUCUUCCCAACUUCUUCCAAUGUCUGAGUACCUAACCGGAAGCUGUGAGGAAAUCAUCCACAUCAUGCAUCAGGAUGACAUCUCUAAGCACAUCAUGAUCGACCCCCUUAUUUGUAAAUAUGGCAACACCCUGUCUGUGAAGUACGACCACGAUAAGUCUCAGUUUGCUUACAUCGGCCAAAAGAUGAGGGAGCUGGGCAGGUUUGUGCUCGCCGUGCAUGAGCUCGACCAGAGCGUGAAGUACUUGCAUGAAAUAUGUCAACCGUCCAGAUUCGAAUUGGCCGUGGAAGGGGUCAAAAAGGUCAGUGGCUUUGACCCCAGCUCUAGUAAGUUUAAAACCAUUUCCCUGGUCUCAAAGAUCGGCUACUCUUUGAAACGAGCUGCAGAGAUCGCCUUCGGAGAGAGUCGCAUGACAGAGGACAGCGAAACGGAAAGCGAGUUGAAGACGUUCAUCCAUCUGCUCGAUACAAAAUGGAGUGAGUGUUUUUCUCGUAAAACGCUUGCCCACUCUCUGAAACAAGAGAUCAAGAAAGUGGAAGUAGACAAAUCCACCGUAACGGAAGAUUUGAUCAAGCUUCACCGGUUUAUUACCGGAGAGGAAGACGAGGCUAGAAAGGAGCUGAAGGACAGCCCCAGCAUGUCGACGUGGAAAAAGCUCAGCGAAGCCACGCUAGCAGACGUGUGUCUCUUCAACAGAGGGAGGGUCGGAAACAUCGGGAGGCUUCUCUUGCAAACUUACGUUCAAAGAAAAAGCAGGGGGACCUUUACACCCUCUGCGGACCAUGUUAGGAAAAGCACUAAAUUGGAGUUGGAACUUGGUUCCAGUUUCACGAGACUGGAGCUAGAAGGUCAGUAUGGAAGGAACAUGUUGGUGCUGCUAACGGAAAGGAUGGUUUUAUCCAUUGACUUGCUCGUUGAACAUAGAGAGCAAGCAGGAGUUUCAAAAACCAACCAGUACCUGUUUGCCAGAACUGAAGGUCCGUCCUUCAUCAGAGGACUGGACUGUUUCCGAAGGGCUGCUGUGGAGUGUGGAGUUAAAAACCCAGAUGCACUUUUGUCGUCGUCGCUACGGGAGCAGAUUGCCAGCUGCUGGCAGCUGAUGAGCCUAGGCGAGCCCGAACUCGACCAGGUGGCAAAGUUAUUGGAAAGGAGCUGCCAGGAAUGUUACGGGCUCUCGCAAAAUGCCUCCCAGCUAGAGGAAGUGACCAAACAGCUGUUAAAAAUCGAUCGAUCACUUCCAUCAAGUCCACCCAGCACCGCAAAAAAUGGGGCUGGACAGAAAUCUGCUUUAAAGAGAAAACCGUGGAGCGCGAUGGAGCAAGCUGCCGUGAAACGUUACUUGAGUGAAUUCAUCACGAAGAUGAAAGUCCCUGGCAAGAAAGAAUGCAACGCUUGCAUAGCCGCCGAACCAGAUCUCGGUGGGAGAUCCUGGACGGACGUAAAAAACUACGUGCACAACACACUGCAAACGGUGCGUCGGAGAAACAACCACCAUAAGCCCGAGAAGAAUGGAAAAGCUUCUAACCCAAAGAGUCCAAAAGCUGCCGUCCAAACCCCAAAGGCUGAGGUGGAAGAUACCAUCGACGUGUGCACCAUGACAACAGUGAACCCCGAGCACCUGAGCGAAAGCCCGGACUGCUGCAUGGCGAUGGGUCCAACGUCCAACCUGAACGACUCGUCGCCUUUCUCCCAGGAGAUGGGUGCUAGUUACGCAUCCCUGUGUUUUCCCAAUACAGACAUGGUCCAUAGCAACCAGUCUUUGAUGUCUACCUUCACACCGUUGAAUGCGACUGACACUCAAGUGGUCCCUACGUUUACCCCGCUCAACACUACGACCGCCCUAAUGCCUCCUGUCUAUACGUCGGAAAACAACCAAAGUCUGUCAAUCUCUUCUUUGUAUACCCAGAAUCCCACAAGUAUGCUACCCCCGUCGCUGUAUUCUCCACAUGACGCUACAAAUUCCCCACUGAUCCCUUCCUUUACCACCUUCAAUGCCCCGAGUACCUCGAUGGUUCCUACAUACACUCAGUUGAAUACCCCCGGUGCACCGAUGGUCUCCGCGUUCUCGACCCUGAACGACAGGAGUCCGCCCGCCAUGUCCUCGUUCACGCCCCUGAACCACUCAAGUCCUCCACCUUAUCACGCCAGCUCCCCCAGCAUCCCCACGGCCGCCCAGGUGGUUCCUUCCAUCCACGGGCCGCCGCGGGAGAGCUCCCCCGAGUCCUCAACGGGAAGGCAGGCGACUCCGGGCGGGAAGCCCCAGAAGAGGAACAAGAGGCUGUGGAACGAGGAGGAGCAGGCGGCCGUGAGGCGGCAGCUCGGAGACUUCUGCAAGCUGGUGAAGGUCCCGGGGAAAAAGGACUGCGACGCCUGUUUGGCGGCCGAGCCCGCGCUCGGCAGCAGGACGUGGAGGGAAGUCAAGUAUUUCGUACACAACUCCAUCCAGUCGCUGAAGAGAAGAGGACACGUGGUGGCCUGCAAACAGAGUUUACCCCCCGAACCGGAGGCCCUGACCCCCAACGCGGAGUGGGAUGCUCCUACGUUGUUCUUAAGCUGCAGCUCUGUGUCGGUUCGUCCACAGGACGUCAGCGGCAUGUCUCUGUGCAUGCUGGCGGCCGCGGGGGGGCAGGACGACAUCCUCCGGCUGCUGAUAAAGAAAGGGGUGAGGGUCAACGCCCGGCAGAAGAACGGCACCACGGCGCUGAUGCACGCUGCAGAAAAGAAUUUUCUGACAACUGUUGCAAUCCUCCUGGAGGCGGGCUCCUACGUAAACGCUCAAACACUGGGGGGGGAAACUGCUCUGAUGAAGGCGUGCAAACGGGGGAACACGGACAUCGUCCGCCUCCUGCUGGAGUACGGAGCCGACUGCAACACCACCUCCAAGCACAAGAACACCGCCCUGUACUUCGCCAAAGUCAGCAACAACCUGAUGUCCCGCCUGGUGCUGCUGGAGCCCGUUUUCCCCCUGGCCUGCCACCGGCUGUGUGAGGGGCCCGACUUCUCCAUGGAGUUCGGCUUCAAGUCGCAGCCCCAACCGGAGGGUUCGGGCAUCCUGCUCUUCAUCUUCCACGCCAACUUCCUGAACGACAUCACGGCCAGGCUGUGCGGGCCCUGCAGCGUCCACGCCGUGGUGCUCAACGACAAGUUCCAGCUGCCCAUUUUCCUGGACAGUCACUUCAUCUACUCCUUCAACCCAAUUCCAGGAAUUAACAAACUCUUCAUUCGGCUGGCAGAAGCACCGACGGCUAAGUGUCUCGGUUUAAACGGGAUUAAAGAGAAGCUCCAAAGCCUUCUGGAAGAGGAGGGAUCCGGCAUUAGGGAGGAGUUUCACAGAGCCGGGACCUCUGCGGCGUGCAAACGGGGGAACACGGACAUCGUCCGCCUCCUGCUGGAGUACGGAGCCGACUGCAACACCACCUCCAAGCACAAGAACACCGCCCUGUACUUCGCCAAAGUCAGCAACAACCUGAUGUCCCGCCUGGUGCUGCUGGAGCCCGUCUUCCCCCUGGCCUGCCACCGGCUGUGUGAGGGCCCCGACUUCUCCAUGGAGUUCGGCUUCAAGUCGCAGCCCCAACCCGAGGGUAAAACACCUUUUCUAAGCCGAGCCAUUUAUCUAAAUGUUUUAACCCCUCCCCUCCUCACAAGGCAGAGAUGGAACGACUGUAAGUGGACGAAAGCCUCCCUGUCUCUGCGUGCUCCUCCAGGUUCGGGCAUCCUGCUCUUCAUCUUCCACGCCAACUUCCUGAACGACAUCACGGCCAGGCUGUGCGGGCCCUGCAGCGUCCACGCCGUGGUGCUCAACGACAAGUUCCAGCUGCCCAUUUUCCUGGACAGUCACUUCAUCUACUCCUUCAACCCAAUUCCUGGCAUUAACAAACUCUUCAUUCGGCUGGCAGAAGCACCGACGGCUAAGUGGUGUCAGUCGCCCUCUGACUGA